CGAAAUAGAUAUUACCCGCCUUAAAAUAGAUCAAAUAAAUCAGAUAAGAUUGCUUCUAUUUUAAAUCAGGUAAAAAUGGGUCGAAUCGAAAUUGUCGUCGAGUACUUGUUUCCCGUAUUUAAUUCAGGCGUAUUUGUCUGGGCGCAGAGACGGGUGCUCAGGUUGGAACGUGACGUGGCAAGCCGAUUCUAGGAGACCGAUGCGAGAGAGUGGGUCAACGACGGCGACUUUCCCUGGAGAUUUGCUCACUCUGCCUCCUCCGGCAACUAAUAACACAGCUCCUGCUUCUAGUUCAACGGCGGAAGCCGCCGGCGGAGGGUACUGUAACUCAAGUUUUCGACUCAACGACGAUCCCCGCCAUUUUCAUCGUGCGACUGAGAAGUCCGAACUCGACUCAUCGUCGCUCCACAGUUAUCACCCUCACCACCACCACCGUCGCCGUCGUCACCAUCAACAACAGCAGCAGCCGGCGGGGGUUUGCCAUAGAGGCUGCUGCAGCUUCUUCCCCCACGAAGUGAUUAACGUAGAAGAUGAAAGACGGAGUUCCGUUAUUAUGAACAAUAAUUAUAACGGUACUAAUCAAGAUCAUCAUCAUAAACAUGAAAACGUUGACCUCAACUUGAAGUUGUAAAGCUCUAUAUGAUAUAAGAAUAAGCUUUCAUUAAUCGUGGAUUUGAUUGCUUUUAUAAUAUACCAUACAUUUGACACAUGUACUAUACACAAUUAAAAACUUAUUUUUAUACAUGAUGGUGUAUUUGAUUACAAAUUUACAGAUUAUAAUAGAAUGAUAAAUUGAUA